GAAUGGGGCUGACGUCAACGUUGCCACAGAUUCAGGGCAGACCCCGCUGCACCUGGCUGCAUCUGAAGGACUCCUUGACUGCACAGAGAUGCUCGUGCAGGCCGGGGCAGAUGUGCUGGCCCGGGAUAGCAUGGGACAUACACCUCUGGAUUUGGCCCACAUCUGGUGCCGCAGGAAGGUAGCAAGAUAUCUGAAAAGCUGCAUGUGGAAGGCAGAGAAGAACAAAGAAAUGGAGGAGAGGAAGCUAGUUCGCACUUUAUACAGUGAUCUUGUGGACAUGGCCAAAGUGAAUCAUCUCCACAAAAGGACACUGAUAAAUGAGAGAAUGGCAGAGUGGGCCAACAAGAAAGGUUUUCCCCUCCUAAUGGAUUUCACCCCCAGAGUCCAGGUGAGCCAGUACCACACCUCAUGCCUCUCAUCGGGUCAGGACAGCAAGAUCACUUCCUCAAAGCCACCUACAGCCUCCAGGCCUUGGACCAUCUAUACGGGCCUUGAGCCAGAGAAACCCUUCACAGAGCCAGACCUUCGGGACAGUGUCACAGUAUGGAGGGACCAUAGCAGCAGGCAGCCUCAGUAUACUACGAAGUGGGACAGUACACCUCGUGCUGCCCCUGAUCUGCCUCUGGAUACCCUUGAGAGGGUGCUUUUCCCCAGAGCCUUCCCAUCUAGGAUUGUCUCUCCUUGGGACUUCAAGCCACAGGACAUCAUAACAGUCCAGCAUCGAGGAUAUGGGGCGGGGCGGAGCACCUCCCCCUGGACAGAGGUGGCCAUGCAUCUGGCUGAGGUGCUGGAGCCCGGACACUACUGAGCGUCCAUGAUGUAGUGGGGCUUCUACUAGAUGGAAUUUUGUAAGGCAUGCAUUAAAACAUGAUCUCAUCUGGUC